GCCCUCCCACUCGCGCACCUCCCGUGUUUCUUCUACACUUCGCGUUGUUGACAAUCGACGGCGCGCUUAAGAGAGUUUUUGUUUUCCUGUUUGACUGCUGCCGUGGUCCGGCAGAGCUAUGAAGAUUCGUUUACGUCGCGCCUAGGUUCCAGAGGGAUCUUCUAAACAUGGCCAAAAACAGGAUGGUUACGAAACACUGCCCCAAAUGUGAACAACAGGUGCCCGUGGCGUGCAAGAGCUGCCCGUGCGGUCACGAGUUCUUCGCGAGCCGCAAGUCGCGCGGCGUCUCCGAACAAAACAGCCAGCGUCCCCGGCGGCGCACCGAGCGGGUGCGCAAAGAGCGCCAGAGCUACCUGACCGCGCUGGUGCUCGAGCAGCGUGCCGCCGCGGCCCGGGCCAAGCGCGCGAGACGCAACGGCAACAGGCGCGGACGGCCGCCCGCCAACCGCAGCUCGUCGCACGACUCUGGAGACGAGGGCCGCAAGCUGAACCGGCCGCGGUGCGGGCCCGCCAAGCCGGCCAAGCCCGUCGAACCUGAAAUGCCAGACGAGGAGGAAGAGGACGUGUUCGCCGGCUGCACCCAGGAACGCCUCGAGCUGUACGCCACCAUCUUGGCCGACAUCAAUCGCAAACUCAGCUCGCAGCUCUUCCAUCAGCAGCUAUUAUGAUGGCCGUGAACUACGGGACUUUCGCUGCAUACAGCUUUUUUUUACUGGUUUUCUUUUUUUAUCUCAUACCGUCGUGUCGUUUUCGUGCCGUUUUAGUCGUCCCGUAACUUCGGAUAGCGUAGGUACACGGAGACGGAAUACGAACAAGGUACACAUGUCUUGCGCCUUUUGUUCGUUGUCCUCCGUCCGACCUGCGCCAUUUGAAGUCGUGCACCCUGGUGGCGUCAGUGCACGCGUGCAGUGCGGACCUUUGAUUGGGUGCCGUGUUUCGGCGGGGAGUGACACAGGCAGCGGUGCGCUGCAAGGUACCGCGCGCGUUAUAAAUACGCGUAUGAUUUGUAUCGCGUAUAGGGUUACGCCCUUCACGGUUUCCGCAAACCCUACACUUCGGAGCCAACCGCUGUACCGUGGAACGCGGCCACAAAAAGUUUUGCCACGAGGCUUUGAUUAGUGUUGGUGACCUUGUAAUCAAACACCGCCGUAAAGAUCCGAAGCGCCCAGGUUUGGUUUAGCAUACAUUUAUUUUUAAUUUUUAUUAUUAUUAUUUUUUCGCAUUUCGUCGAUGGUGUGUGUGAGCGGCGCUCCACCGAUGUCGCCAGUUCGGUUUCGCCACCAAUGGAUGACAGGGAUAAAAUGGCGCUAGAGGGAUUCGUAAAAUUACACGGGUUCCAGAUCGGCGCCGCCAUAUUGUUUCAGUCUGCAGAGGCUCUUGUAAGACAUAGCGCGUUCAGUUCUUCUGUUCAGUAUAGCGUUGGCGAGUGUAUAGACCAUAAUAUGAGAAAUUCUUUAGGCGACAGAAGGGGCCUGCGUUAACUACAUAUUGUUCUCGCUUUUCUAAACUGAGAAUCCUCAAACGUCCCGCAGCGCCGAGAGAAAUGCUAGGUGCCUGUCGCCACCGUUCACAGAGGGAUUCUCUCGAGGCUAUAUGUUCGUGAGUACCGUCGCUGCAAGUUCAGACUUGAUUUGGCGAGCAUGUUUUACUGGCAGUUGAGCCACGGCUACGCGAUUCAGCGGUAUGCGGUGGCGUGCCCCUGUUGGCAACUACGUGCGUGUUCUGCGGAUUGAUCGUUUGUGAACGCUGCAGUGAUCGCCUUGUCGACACGCUGUACGUGUGAGCUUUGGAAUCUGUAACCGGACGCACGGCGUGUCGAUCGGGACAUGGUGCUGGAACUGUGAAAAUCGCGGCCUCUUUGACGUUUUAUGUCGCAAAGCGGCGCCUUUACGCUCUGCGUGUGUUACGAGAAAACGCCUCUUCGUCACGCAGGUUACUGCGUGUUCUGUUUUGUUAUCUCACCCUGGUACCAUUACAGGGCUAUGUAAAUCGUUGCAGCCAAUAUUCUGUGAGUACUUUCAUUAAUCGUCAACUACUUGCUGUAUAACUUCAAGUGGCGUUGUUGUUUUUUAUUUUUCUUUUUGUUUUUUGUCAAGCGUGCAGCGCAGUUCGGCAGACAUUAUACCGCUUUUUUUUUUCAUCUUUCGCACCUAAUUAACUAGGCACUAGUCAUGAUUAUCGGCAUUUUCUUAUCAGUUCUGUACUUAAUAUUUGAGAACAUUCCAGCAUAAAGGAAUAAACGGGCUCA